GUGUUUGUUUAGGGAGGGUGCCUCUGUUUCCUCAGGAUAACACAUCAGCAUCUGGUAGCAAACGAAGUGCCGGUGGCCGACAUUCCAUCAGACCUGUCUGGCACCUCUGAAGAAGAAACACACACACACACACACACACACACACACACACACACACACACAUACACACACCCUCACACCCUCACUCCUUCUGUGGACCUUCACACACUGGUAUGGCACAGAAGUGAAGCGUAUGUCCACUGGAGCUGAAGGACGAUCGCACGGCCAUUUUGUUUCCCAGUGUUGAACCCUUCCUGGAGCCAACAUGCCCAUCCUGAAGAAGCUCCCCGGGAGGUCGAGGAAUAACCUCAGCAACGGUGAUGUGAUGCUUAAGAACAACCAUGAAAACAGCGAAACAACGCUGCAGGGUAACCAUGGCAACGGUGAACUCAUCCUUCUGCCGGACAGCCUCAACCCUUUUGACGACAUAGACCUGGACGUGGGAUGGAAUGAAGGAGAAAGUGGGGUAUGGGAGAGAGGACGGGACCUGACAAAUUCGUCGCGUGAUGGCGAGGCGCUGGAAAACGAGGUGAACGCCGAGCUGCACGGAAGCCUGAAGGUCACGGACAGGUCAAAGGGCAGCUCUCCUCUAAGAGGGACCCUGGAGCGAAUCUGUGGCUCAUCACCCCUGAAGACGUUGGGGAAACUGAGCAAGGGGCUGCGCAUGACCGGAAGAAACGUGUGGAGCAACACCCUCCCGGCAACGCCCACUACCGGGAAGGAGAAGAAGAAGAAACAGAAGAAUCAUAGGAGAGCAUCCGAGGAGAUCAUGACCUUGCUGAGGCUGGCGGGCCGGAGGAAGAAGAGUGAACGUAGAGAGAGUCUCCCCGAGGACGAGGUGAAUGGUGAGGAUGAUGAGGACGCCCACCGCCGACCCUCGUUCCUGCGGAGCCUAAGCAAACUCCGUGGAGACUCUCUGACCAGCCGCGACUCCCAGGAGGCCGAGCUUGAGAGCCCAGAGGAGGAGACUCCUAUCAAACGCAGAGAGCCACUCUCAGUCCUUGAAAUCCUGCAGCUGGUAAAUCAGCGAGACCUCCUGCUGGCUGACACCCACAUCCAAGAGCUGGAGAGAGAAUGUGAACUUGACCCUACCCUUUUGCAAACUCCGCCCACCACCCCUACAACCAUUGCUACAACUCCCCCACCGUCCUCGCAUCUGUGGCUUUCCCUGGUGGGCCAGUGUGAUGAUGAGAUUCCGAGCCCCUGGGACGCGAGCUUAAGGAAAGUUAAAGAUGUUGAGUUGCUCCAUGAGGCACUGCAGAGAGAAAUGUGGGAUGUGGUACGUGAGUCCCUACGGCAACCAUGUGCUGGCCCCCAGCUUGGCCUCGUCGUUCUUGUGAUCCAGCAGGAGGAGCAUGCCGACCGCAUCUGGACCCUACGCCAAGAGGCUCAAUUCGAGCACCGUAAUGGGACAGAGCCUGAUCUGCAUGAGAAGGAACAGUCAGACCUUCACGAAAGACCCCGCUCUGACCAGCGCCACGAGGCCCUGUCCAACAUGUUUGAGGGGGUCCAUUCCAGCAAGCGUCCAAGGAGGCUGAGGCAAAAAUGGGCGGAGGCAGUGGGAGAAGCAGCUGAUUGGUCACUUCCACAGCAUGGGGGUAUUGCAGCAGGACAGAUGAGCAUAUUCCUGGAUCGGCUAAGAAGCAGAGUGGUGGAAGACAUGGAUGCGGCACGGAGAAACGUAGUAGGAGUGUAUCCGAAAGAGUUCUCUGUGUUCCAGGUGUACAUGCAGAGCUACCACAGAGGCGUGGCCAAACGUCUCCGAACCAUCACCGCAGGCCAAAUGCAGAUCACUGAUAUCUACUCAUUGCUUGACUGGGUCUACAACAUCUACAACAGGGAUGUGCUGGGCGUUGUGGGUGCCAUGGGGUCUAUAGACUGUGGAUCUCUCGAGCCACUGCUUCCUGCCGAGGUCAUGGACAGACUGGAGCAAGAGUGUCUUGACACCGUCUGGGAUAAAGUAACUAUGGAGCUCUGUCAGGUUCUGGAGGAUGAAGAGAAGCGAUGGGCUCAGACUUUACACAUUGAGGAGUACCAGUCCGGCCUUGCACGUUCAAUCAUACAGAGGCUGAAGGUGGACCUGGACAGAUCGACUGGUGUCAGUCAGCCCUUGGGAGCUCGAGUGGCCCGGUGCACUCUAAAAGGUUUAGCUGACUUCCUCCACAGUUUCCAGAGGAAGGUGGAGAUGUUUCACGAGACUCAGGCGGAGUUUGGGGAUCGAGCUGAUGGUUAUGUGUCCCGCACCAUCGCUCUGGCCAACUGUGUCCCUCCCUUCAGAAGCUUUGUGGAGCGCUGUAGGCAGUGUGAUCCCCUCGGCAGUGAGGACUCCUCCCACAGAGCGCACUCAUCACUCGAGCGCAUCAUCAACCAGUCUGUACGUGUUCUCACUGACAGACUUUUCGAAAGCAUUAGGCCCUUCUUUGAUAAACUGCUGAGAAAGAAAUGGCUGAACAACACCGAGGCGUAUGAAAGCAUCGAGGCCUCCAUCAAACAGCACUUUAAAAAGUUUCGCAGGAUGGACUGUCCGCCCUAUCAGACACUAGUGAACGAGGUGCACAGGCGGGUCAUGCUGGAAUACAUACGUGCCAUCAUGAGGGGGCGGGUCAUCUGCACGUCACUCAAAAUGAGGAAGAGACUCGCAUUCCGGCUGCAGGACGAAGCCAGGCAGCUUAAAGCACUUUUUAAAGACCUGGAGUCUACCUGUUCCUGGCUGGAUAAUGUGAUCAGUCACCUGGCUGACAUCAUCCUCCUGGAGGACACACCCUCUAUUCAGAUGGAAGUGGGGAUGCUGGUGAAGGAGUUUCCAGAUAUUCGGAGGAAGCAUGUCUCCGCUGUACUCAAUGUCAGAGGGAUGGUCCAGCAGGCAGAACGUCACGAGAUUCUCGCAGUCGUUCGGGACUUUGAGACCAGCGAUAGCCCUGCCAUCGUUUCCAGAGAUCACGCCUUGUUCUCUGAGAUCACUGUUGCAACGGACAUGCCUUGUCUGGGACUGGUUCUGAUUCGUUUCGGACUGAGAGUGACAUCAUGGGUGUCAAGCGCCCGACCUCACAGGAGACGCCUCAAAAUAAGCGCGAGUCGGAGAUCAGGUGGCGCUAACGAACAAGUUACACAAGAAAACCAAUAACAGCUCACUAACCAUAACUAGUAGACAAUAAGUAACAGGUCAACAUGUUACAGAUAUUAGCUAGUAAUCAGUCAAAAAUGGAAGCAAAUGAAUCGCUCAGCAAAUGUUCCCAACCGUGUUGCAAUUUGACAGCUCCCACAACAGUCAGCAUUUUUUUUGCUAACACGCCAUUUGGAUGGCAGAUUUCCUUCAAGGUCUGCAUGAGAGAAGAUUAAAACUAUUUUGACCAAAUUUAAAUUUGAUACGUGUCCAUGAUAUCUUUAAACAGGUUCAAUCCAAAAGGCAGACCAAACACAAACUAAAAAAGGUUGUUCCAAAUGAUAGCAUAAGAUGUUACCCUUCUAGUUACCCUUACUUAUUUUGUUUAGCAGGAAAUUAGUUGCAGCUCAUGAUCAGUGCUCAGGUACGCCAAUAAAAUAGCGGAAUUGAACAGAUCAGCAAUUGUAGUUAGUCCACGAUGAACGCUACAAUUGCUACAGUAUAACUGAUGAUACUGAAAUCUGAAUCUGAAAAAGGCUCCUUUUUUAGUCACAAUUAGUGCCACUAAAAUGGAACAACCAAAUAGAUCACAUGCAGCUUAGCAACCCUGUAGCACAAAAACACGACAGCCACCAAGUCAAACCAACCGCCGGAUUCACCGAAAUCCAUGCGUUCCACAAGACAAGCGCAGGAAGACAUAGAAAAAAAAAUGUGACCCCUUCGCAUUUCUUCGAGGUGGGAGGAUUGAAACAGGAAGUACUCUCCAUUAUUCACACAGCUAACAGGAAGUGGACUUAAUGACCGCCGAGUCAUCUGUCCCUCGGCCUGACACAGCUAAUGGUUCCUCCGGUGGAAACGAAGCCCUAUUCUAAUUCAUGCCGAACAAUGGAGUGCGCUCGUGAAUAGACGCGAGGUCUCGUCCCGUUUUAAUCCAAAACUGCUGGAUAAAUAAGAUAGAAACCUAAAAAAAAAGACGACACUUGCAAGGUAUACUCAAUCCUUCUCCAGAUUUGCCGAAAGGAAAAAUGAUAAGACUUUUUUUUUGUUAUAUACCGAGAGCAGUGUGGUGAGACAGAGUGGGGUUUAGUGUUUAUCUUAAAUAGCUACCUGGUCACAAUUACAAUCAACAUGGGUCACUUCCUAAAACAAUUAAAACAGGCGUAGAUAGUGCACUUAAGCUGCCUUGUGAUUUUCAUGUGGCGAUUGUUGCUAGAUGAAAUCUUCGGAAUUAUGAAAAUUCCAGGGAAAGGAUUUUUAUUAUAUUUUUCGUUUGCAAACUGGAAAUCAUUUGGUGCAGAAAACAAGCAUAAAUGCAAAUAUUCAUUCGCUCUUAUAGCCUUUCUGUAAGUUGCUCAGCUCAGCUUUUUUUUGCAGUCGGCCAUCUUGGAUCGCAGUGCUACUAAAUUCCCCUACCACAUUACAUGUUCUAAUCUUGAUGGCUGAUUUUCGUUGUACGCCCUGUUUCCCUGUUACAUUGUCUCGGCUCAAUCUUUUUUGAAGUGCAUGCCAAAUUACCUGCAGUCUCAGAGAAUAAACAGAGGCAACAGUGUCUUAUUGAUAUUCCUUUUCAUUUCUGAAAAUAAUCCCCACAAAACUCAUACGAUAUUGUUUUCAGCGUCACGUCGAGAGAUCGAACUGUACAUUAGUGUGAGUGAUGUUCAGCCUGGAGUAAACGUAAAGAACAUUUGGGGACCAAAAGAAAUUUGGAGCAGAUGUAUUGUAGACUCAUUAAGAAUGUAAUGAUAAGCAUGAUGGCUUUGGGAGGUGGUUAUGCAGAUUUUAAGAGCAAGUGUGUUCGGUAAAAGAGGUCUCUGUGCUCUCGAGGUUCGGUUACGGUUCUGGGAGUGCGAGAGGUUUAGGGAUGUGUCUUUAAAUCUCAGCAUAGGUUUGUGAAUGUAAUUCAUGAUGCAAAAACUCUAAAAAUGAGAACGCUUUUUGCUAUUUGAAUCGUAACUCAAGCCGAAUCGUUCUAUGCACGAUGGAUAUCAAUAGUCCAAAAGAAGAGUUUAUAUUAUUAGAGAAAUAUUUUCAGUAACUGUACUUAAUCUUAUUACUGUAGUAUGCGCGUCCUUCUCAACUAGCUGGUCUUGAACUGUAUCUAUUCAAUUAUUUGUGCAGUUUUUUUUUCAUGAAAUUCUUGUGAAAUCAAUUGAAAGGAUAUGAACUGAAGUGAUGUGAAACAUAAAUGGGAUUGUUUUUAAAGACUUUCAGUGAAAAUAAAAAAAGAAACCCAUUGACUGGGAUUUCGAACCAAAGACUA